AUGAUUCAAAAUGGUGGAAGCGCAGUUCCUCCACCUCAAGUCCCCAUAAAUGCUCCAGCUCCCCUCCUCGAUGGCCUUCAUAUCAAUAGCAAGUACCAAUUUGUUCGGAAAAUUGGUGCAGGUACCUAUGGUCUCAUCUAUUUAGUACAAGACCCAUCUAACGGUCAUCAAUACGCAGCCAAAAUGGUACUUAAAGAUCCUCCAAAUAAGGUAGCGGGCUCAAAAGAUACUAAAAAUAAUAAGAAUUAUAUUCAAAGACAAAUCCAUCACUAUUUUUCAAGUCGUCAAGGACAAAACAGCAAUGACUAUGAUGACCCACAAGUAACUGAAUUAGAUCUUAAUUUAAUAAAAGAAAAAGGUGUUCAGUGCCCUUUCCUUCGAGAAAUAGCUUUGAAUUUGCGUGUCCAUGAUCAUCCUAAUAUUGUUACUAUUCAUAAGGUUCUUAAUAUCGCUGAUCUUUGUGUGCUUAUACUAAUGGACUAUUGUGAUCAAGGUGAUUUGUUUGGAAAUAUCAUCGAUAAGCAAAUAUUUCAAAAAGUACCCCCAUAUCAAGAUCAACAAACACUAAUGAAAAAUUGCAUGCUUCAAUUGGUAGACACUAUCAACUAUUGUCACCGCAAGUCAGUAUAUCACUGUGACUUGAAGCCAGAAAAUAUCAUGGUUAAAUAUAAUCCCAACUACAGAAGGUCUUCUAACUCUCCUAUCAUUGAUUAUAACGAAAUUCAAAUAGUACUAAUUGAUUUUGGUUUGGCAAUGCUGUCUAACUUGAUCUGUUGCAAUGCUUGCAGAGGUUCGUCUUUCUAUAUGGCACCUGAAAGAAUUACAAAUUACAACACUAAUGCACUUAUCAAGUCGAUGAUUGAUAUGAGAGAAUAUGAAUCUGUUCCACAAAAAGCUUCUGAAACAAACGAAUCCAACCGUAAGUAUUUCCCAACUUUAGCUGGUGAUAUCUGGUCUUUGGGUGUACUUUUCAUUAAUAUUACAUGUUCAAGAAAUCCUUGGCCUAUAGCCAAUAUUGCCAAUUCUUAUAAUGCGGAUAAUACUUCCGACAGUGGUGCCAAUAACCAAGUUUUUCAAACCUAUAUUUUCCAUAACCGGAACAUCUUGAAAUCAAUUCUCCCCAUACUGACACAAUACAAUCGGUUGCUCGAUAAAAUCUUUCAAUUAAACCCUAGUUCCAGAGUCUCUUUACCCCAAUUGCAUAAAGAGAUUAUUGAGAUAGAUUUUUUCCAAGAUUUCAUCAAUCCAACAGUUGUACGCAACGAACAACUCUACACCCCACCAGAAACAGAUGUGGAGAGAGGAGAUACAGAAUACGAUACGGAUUAUUAUGAUCAAGACGACAUUGAAGUUGAUAGCAUGUCUGGAACAGGAUUAGCUUCACCAGUGCCAAGUGAGAUUUAUUUAGAGCAGUGCCAAAAACAACUGAAAUUGUUUAGUUGUCCUCAUCAUCAUCAUCAUGAAAAUGCACCUCAUCCAUAUGAUUAUCACAAACAUCAUUAG